AUGAAAAAUACAAGUUAUCAAUUACAUGCAAACAAUAUUGACCAAUACCUAGCUGACAAGUCAUUCUAUACCAGGUUCAAUAAAGAUGAAGCAUGCAAGAUUAUGGAUUACAUGCGAGUUAAUAUUGACCAAGCUGUAAAAUUAUUAGAGCAAGCUAAAGGAAAACUGAAACCCAUGGAAGUUUUCGAGCUUAUACACCACUGGCAUAUUAAUUUUGGAUGGGAUGCUAAUAAGGCAGCUAAAAUUUCUUUACUUCUCUCUGAUCUUUUACAAUGCAAGUUUAUAAAUGAGUAUAUCUGUUACUUCAUGAAAAAGAUAAUGGAAUUUUACGAGGACUCUAUCAAGGAAGCAAAGAGAGUUCGCAACAAAAAUAAGAAAAUUACGAAAGAACUCGAAGAUGUGAAUACAAAAGUGGCUGCAUUAUCAAAGAAAUCAGCUAUUGAUGCAUCUCAGAUCGAGGCAUACAGUCAAAUUCAGGAAGCUCACAUUACGAUGAUAUUGGACCUUCAGUCAGAAGUAGAAACAAUGAAAAGCAAAGAGCAAAAUAUGAAGAGCAUACUCGAGAACAAAGAUAUGGAACUUAAUUCUCUCAAAAGAUACUUUAAUUCCUCAGUUGAUUUGUUUGCUUUGGAUAAAUCAUCAUCCGAUGAAAAUACCCAAGAAACAAAUAUGGAAGAUCAGCGAAUCACUCUAAACGAACUUAAGCGUGCUAUGGAAAAUCCUCCCCAAAAUGACUCGUUAUUGAAAGGAGGUAAGCCAGAAUUGACAAAGUCUUCUUCACAAGUCAGCUUCCAUCCAGCCAAACCUUCUAUUCCAAGACCAUCACGAGAUGAUUCCUUUGAUCAAGCUGCAAAAUCAAAACUAACAAAUGAAAUUAUGAGUCUAAAUGCCGAGGUUGUUAAGUUGACAACAGAACUCGUAUCUUGUAAACAAAUCAUUGAUGAACAAAAGAAAAUUAUCGAAGACCUCAACAAGAAAUUGCAGCCCACUUGA